AUGCCGGCGCAUCCUCACCUAACCGGGAAGCUGCCCGCGGCGGGGGACCUCGUCGCCUCCCGCCCCAUCCCCGGGCUGGCUGCCCUGGCGGUACCCGCUGCCUUACUCGGGGCGGGGGCGCGGGAAGCGGUAUCCCGCGGCUGCGAGAGCAGACCAUUUGAAAUCCGGGGCGGCUGGGCUCCCCCCGGGUGCAUAUCCCCUACCCGUACCCCUGGGCGUCCCGGGCAGACUUUAAAGCGCCACUGCCACGUUCAAGUGAGCAGAAAGGCGUGGCGUGCACCGGCUCUGCCGCCGCCGGCUCCCUGUCCCCUGCGGGGCAGCCGCCACCUGAGCCGGGUUAUCGCUGCCCCGGAGGAUCUGUGUGAGGCUCCACAGGGACAGGCUCUGCCACGGGGAGACGGUGAGUCGGUCGGUGGUAGAACCGAGCUGCGCUGUUCUGCCCCCAUCCAGAGCCAAGCGCCCCCGGGCUGCUGGCGGCGGGCCCGGGAAAGGCACUGGGGCCGCUCCGAGGAUUUCUCGGUGUCCUGGGGAUUGCGACGGGGGACGGUUGGCGCUGCCGACUGCUGUCGCCGGUGCCCUGCUGCAAGUGGAGCACUGGAACAGGCUACCCAGAGAGAUCUUUCAAUGGAAGAAUGCUGUGAGAAGGGUAUUGAAUGGGCAAAUAAAAACAGAAUAUGUACUUCUCUACCUUUCAUAUCUGAGUCCAGAGAAUGCAGCAUGACACAGGUCCAGUGCUGCCGCAGCCAGAUGGAGAAGCAGUACUGUUCUGAUGGGAUUGAAUACGCCAACGUGCGUGAGGAAUGUGACUCACAUGCUGGUGAAAAUGCCACCUGUGAAGCUGAAUACUUCAAGACAUGUUGUUAUUGUUGUUUGCUGGGAAGGGUUGCUGAAAUUCAAGGACAGGGUUGCGAACCCAACCCAAAGAUAGGAUACCAGUGUGGAAUUGUCUUCAGAGCUUGCUGCCUGAAGGGUCAAGAAGGCAUUGAUGUGUCCAUCAGCGAUGAUGUUCCUAAAAAGGAGCAAGUUGAAAUUUCAAAGGAGGAACUAGACCAAGAAGAUCCAUAUCUGCAUGAUGGCUGUAGAGGUGGUGGUCCCUGUUCUCAGCAGUGCAGAGACACAGGAUCCAGUUAUGUCUGUUCCUGCUUUGUUGGGUAUCAGCUUCAAUCAGAUGGUGUCAACUGUGAAGAUAUUAAUGAGUGUAUCACUGGGACACACAGCUGUGGGAUUGGACAGACCUGUGUCAAUACAUUGGGAUCCUUUCGCUGUCAGCGAGACACGAGCUGUGGAACUGGUUAUGAGCUAACAGAUGACAGUCGUUGCAAAGAUAUUGAUGAAUGUGAGACUGGUACUCAUAACUGCCCCUCCGAUUUUAUCUGCCAGAAUACUCCAGGAUCUUUCCGUUGCCGACCCAAGCUACAGUGCAUGACUGGGUUUAUACAAGAUGCUCUAGGCAACUGUAUUGAUAUCAAUGAAUGCCUGAGCACCAACAUGCCAUGCCCAGCUGGACAGAUAUGUAUUAACACUGAUGGUUCAUACAUGUGCCAGCGAAUCUCACCCAACUGUGGCCGAGGUUAUCAUCUCAAUGAAGAUGGAACAAGAUGUGUAGAUGUGGAUGAGUGCUCCUCCUCUAACCAUCCUUGUGGAGAAGGACAUGUUUGUAUAAAUGCUCCAGGCAGUUACCGUUGUGAGUGCAAAGCUGGCUAUUCUUUUGAUGUCAUCAGUAGGACUUGCAUUGAUAUCAAUGAAUGCCGACGCUACCCAGGCCGCCUUUGUGCUCACAAGUGUGAGAAUACUCCUGGUUCCUACUACUGCACUUGCACCAUGGGAUUCAAACUUUCAGCUGAUGGCAGGUCAUGUGAAGAUUUAAAUGAGUGUGAGAGCAGCCCCUGCAGUCAAGAGUGUGCCAAUGUGUACGGCUCCUACCAGUGUUACUGCCGCCGUGGCUUUCAACUUAGUGACAUAGAUGGGAUUUCAUGUGAAGAUAUUGAUGAAUGUGCUUUACCUACGGGAGGGCAUAUCUGCUCUUUCCGAUGUAUCAAUAUUCCUGGGAGCUUUCAGUGUACUUGUCCCUCCACCGGUUACAGGUUGGCACCCAACGCACGCAACUGCCAAGACAUCGAUGAAUGUGUUGCGGAAAGCCACAACUGCUCUUUCAAUGAGACUUGCUUCAACAUCCAGGGAGGCUUUCGCUGUCUGUCCUUGGAAUGCCCAGAAAACUACCGCAAGUCAGGAGAUACUGUCAGACUUGAAAAGACAGACACUAUCCGUUGCAUUAAGUCGUGUCGACCAAAUGAUGUCAACUGUGUGUUGGAUCCAGUCCACACAAUUUCCCACACUGUCAUUUCACUGCCCACAUUCAGAGAAUUUACAAGACCUGAAGAGAUUAUUUUCCUUCGUGCCAUCACACCUACAUAUCCAGCCAACCAGGCAGACAUCAUAUUUGACAUAACAGAAGGAAAUUUAAGAGAUUCCUUUGAUAUCAUCAAACGUUACAUGGACGGCAUGACAGUGGGUGUAGUCCGCCAGGUGAGGCCCAUUGUUGGCCCCUUCCAUGCCAUCCUGAAACUGGAGAUGAACUACGUCAUGGGCGGAGUGGUGUCGCAUCGUAACAUCGUCAACGUCCACAUCUUUGUCUCCGAGUACUGGUUCUGA